AUGAAAUCCUUGGACGCACCCAACAAUCCUUCAGCGGUCGAGUCCGGUAACGCUGUAGAUAAGAACGUCGACGACGAUGGUCGAGAGAAGAGAACGGGGACGUUUCUGACGGCGACUGCCCAUAUUAUCACGGCGGUGAUAGGCUCGGGAGUGUUGUCUUUGGCUUGGGGUUUAGCACAGCUUGGUUGGGUGGCAGGAACCCUGAUUUUGUUGAUUUUCGCCAUCGUUACUUACUACACGUCCACUUUGCUUGCCGACUGCUACAGAGCGCCGGAUCCCAUCACAGGAACACGCAACGACACGUACAUGGGCGUCGUUCGAGCUUACCUUGGUGGUAAAAAGGUGCAGCUAUGUGGACUAGCACAGUACGGCAACCUUGUUGGGGUCACUAUUGGUUACACCAUCACUGCCUCCAUAAGCUUAGUAGCGAUUGAGAGAGCAAAUUGUUUUCAUCACAAUGGCCAUGGUGUUAAAUGUUCUGUAUCGAAUUAUCCAUACAUGGCGGGAUUUGGGUUCUUUCAGAUUUUGCUAAGCCAGAUUCCUAAUUUUCACAAGCUAUCAUUCCUCUCCAUCAUCGCUGCGGUUAUGUCCUUCUCUUAUGCCUCUAUUGGUGGGAAGGUUGGUAAGACAACACUGACAGGUACGGUGAUAGGAGUGGACGUAUCUGCGUCUGCUAAAGUAUGGAACGCGUUUCAAGCGGUUGGAGACAUUGCGUUUUCGUACGCUUUCACCACUAUUCUCAUUGAGAUCCAGGACACAUUGAGAUCAAGCCCACCAGAGAACAAAGUGAUGAAAAAAGCAAGUCUUGCUGGAGUCUCAACCACAACUGUGUUUUACAUCUUAUGUGGUUGCAUGGGAUAUGCUGCAUUCGGAAACAAUGCCCCUGGUGACUUCCUUACUGACUUUGGUUUCUACGAACCUUUCUGGCUCGUCGAUUUCGCCAAUGCUUGCAUUGCUCUCCAUUUAAUCGGUGCCUAUCAGGCUGGUGUGGAGGACAGGCUACGUGAUUUUGACGACAUUGAUAGCAAUGAUAUUCCCCUUCUUCAACUCGAUCUUGGGUUUGCUCGGAGCACUUGCGUUCUGGCCGCUAACAGUUUAUUUUCCUGUGGCAAUGCACAUGGCUCAGACUAA